AUGAUUAAUUACUUUAGCUUUAUACCCUUUCUUCUCAUUUUCCAGAUUUUAGCUUUGAGCGCCGCUCAACAGAGACUGCAGAACGUCAUCAAUGGCUUCUCAGCAUUGCUCACUCCAGAAGAAGCUUCCAAGCUUUCAGGGAUGGAUGGUGUGAUAUCAGUGUUUCAUACUGACCCGACAAAAUUGAGGCUUCACACGACAAGAUCAUGGGAUUUUAUCAACUUACUUGAAGGAAUUGGGAAUUCAAGCUCUUCAAAUGCAGAAGAAUUAUUGCGUAAAGCAAAUUAUGGGAAGGAUAUCGUUGUCGGGGUCUUAGGCACCGGUAAUCUCAACAGAAAGAUAAUCGGAGCUCGCUACUACUUGAAGGGUUACGAGACCUAUUUUGGUCGCCUCAACACAAGUUUGGAUUUCCGAUCACCAAGGGACAAAAGUAGUCAUGGAACUCACACAUCAUCGACCAUUGGAGGCCGAAGAGUUAGUAAUGUUUAUGCACUAGGAGGAUUUGCUAGUGGAACCGCCACUAGGGGCGCUCCACUUGUGCGCCUGGCCAUGUACAAAGUAUGUUGGCCAAUUUCGAGUUACAGCCUAGCAGAAGGCAACGCAUGUCUCAAUGAUGACAUUCUUGCUGCCUUUGAUGAUGCCAUCAAGGAUGGUGUUCGAGUAAUCAGUGUUUCAAUGGGUUCAUCGACUAGUAGGCAGUACAAAGAAGAUGGAAUCGCAAUCGGGGCAUUGCAUGCAGCGAAACGAGAUAUUGUAGUAGCAUGCAGUGCAAGCAAUUCGGGCCCUUCCUUGUCUUCAGGCAAUAGAAUAAGGAUUUUAUUGAAUGUUCCCAACCCAAAUCCACAAUCUAUAAUGGACAAACAAAAGCUCGAAACGUGA